AGCAGAAGCUGUUGGCUGCAGGAGCAACAUGUGUCACUGCUGGAGGAGACCACAGCACAGGCACUGCAGGUGUGCUGAGCAGCAGCUUUUUCUCCUCCCUAUGGCAGUGGCUGUGCCCCUGGCAGAGUCAUUUCCGGCAGCUCUGCUCUCGUGGGGCUCUGGCUGGGACCUGUGGCCUUUGGAGUCUCUCUCACACACGCAGCAGGAUCGGUCUCAGCAUGCGCCUCGCCUAUCUCCUCCUGGCUGCCUUCCUGAGGCAACCACAGGGCACCAUGGGGCAGGUCACUGUCACCCAGCAAGAAGGACAAGUCACAGUGAAGCAGGGAGACACCUUCCACACCAAAUGCACAUACCAGACCUCCAGCUUUAACAGCUUGUUCUGGUACCAGCAGAAGAAAGGCCAAGCUCCCCAGCUGCUCUCGUACCAGGCAGCAGCUGGCCCCAAGCACAGCAGCCGUCUGACCACACUGCUGAACACCACGGGGAAAUACAGCCUGCUGCAGCUGGAGGAGGUGGAGGUAGAGGUGGAGGUCUCUGACAGUGCCUUGUACCUCUGUGCUGUGGCUGCCAUAUCAGGAAGAACCCUUGGGAAGCUAUCAUUUGGGCAAGGAACAAGAGUUGCUGUAACUCCAGAUGUCACUCCCUCCCCCUCAGCCCACAGGCUGACCUCUCCCGAUGAUGAGGAUCUGGCAAUGUGCAUUGUCACAGACUACUGCCCUGAGGAGCUCACUCUGAACUUCACUGCUGGGCAGACAGAGGCUGUUGUGGAGGUGGCGACAGCCGAGCACGGGCGGGAAGCAAGCUACCUGUCCACCUACUGGGCCAGGAAGGAUGAAAUGCAGUGUGGUGCAAACCAUGAGGGCUUUGGGCAGCUGGAGGGAGAGGAUCCUGACAGUGGUGCCAGCUCUGUCUGUGUCACAGAGAUGUCUCCACACUUCAGGACAGAUGAAAACCUGAACUGGCUGUCUUUGACACAGCUGGGCCUGAAGAUCACUUUGCUGAAAGGAGUCCUUUUUAAUGUGCUGAUGACAAUGCUCAUGUGGAAAAUCAAGCGAGUGUGCUGGGCCUAG